AUGCCACCCCGCCGCUCCACCCGAGCGACAACCAAGGCCGCCAGCCAAUCCAAGCUGAACUUCUCCAACAAAAUCACCAAACCGCUCCCCUCCCGCCCCAAUCAAAAAGACAAGGCUGUCAAGCUUGAGGAAGCCAUCACAAGAACAGCCACCCCCUCCCCUCCCCCCUCCUCCGAGCCAGCUCCUGAACAAGAACUUUCGCCGGCAGAGGUCAAGGCGGCAAAGGUUUCGCAGGCGGCGAUUAAUCGUUACUGGAAGAGGAUUGAAGACUCGAGGCUGGCGAAGGAAGUUCACAAGAAGCAUGGGACUGGGUUGGGGACGGGGGAGAAGCUUUUGAGGUAUUUUGACGUUAGCAGUCAGUUUGGGCCAUGUGUGGGGAUUACACGACUCGAGAGGUGGCAGAGGGCGGAGAGGCUGGGGCUCAACCCGCCGAUUGAGGUGCUGGCGGUGAUUGUCAAGGAGGGGAGGGGGGAGGAGAAGGCGCAUUUGGAUCAGUUGUUGAGUAGUACUGCGAUUGGGGAGAGGGAGUAA